CGCCUGGGAGGUGAGUGCUGGUGGUUACAGUUACCAAGCUUUCAGAUUGUCGACACAUUAUUAAAUGUCUGGCUACUUGCAUGGGAUUUGGAACUAAAUGGGGGCAGUUCUGACAGGGAGUCCUGGGAUGAGGAGCUAAUGUUGAGACCAUCUGAUAAAUGGUUGAAUCAAAGGACAAGAAUAUGGAGUCAGUCGAACUCUCUGGAAUGCCAACAAAUUAUGCGAGAACGACACCUGACGUGGGCAGGGAGUCCUCCGGCCAACCAUUGGAAAUGGAAUGUUUAGAUGAUGGACCCCAGGGUGCUGAUGGCAGCCAACUGGAACUACCAGGAAAUGGUCCUAUUCCCAUUCACCGGAAUUCUAAGUUUUACAGGUCAAUGAGGAGAAAGCCCAUUAAAUCAGUCUCAAACAAGGAGCAAGGACACUCUGACCGUGCUGAAUGUAAAGAUGACAACCAUGUGGCUCCUAGUAAUGCCAAAUCUCUAAAGUCUCCCAUCUGGAGGCAUCCCCUAGUGACAAGCCCCCUUCCUUCCUCUGACCUGCCACAAAUAAGCUUGGGAUUCAAAGCCAGGCCUCAGUUAAGAGAGAACAGAAGUUCACUGCACUGCACAGUCACAGAAUGUCUGCCGUCACAGAGCAAAGACAUGAAACUAUUUCUAGAAGAAAAUCGCCUGUCCCACAGCCAGGUUGGCUGCAGCAAAUCCAAACUCUCAGUUCCAAGCUUUACUACUAGAAAUGUUCAACAGUCACCAAGCAACCUGCCAGAAGAAAUCACUCGGCCUGCAGAAGAUAUCAGCGAUAUUGACAACAUAUCUCUAAGUUUACUGGAUGCAACAACUUUGACAAAAAGAGAAAAUGAGGAACAGCCAACAGAGGGUCCAGCGAUCAGAUCUCCUCCAGAGGCAUGGAGAACACUUAUUGAGCAAAUUGGGUUGUUAUAUCAAGAGUACCGCGAUAAAUCAAAGCUUCAGGAGAUAGAGCUGAGACGGCAGUUUGACGUAACAAAUUCACCGACAUCAGGAGAAUAUAUGGUGCAUGAAGUUGCUGCUAAGACUCUCAGUGCAAGUAAGACACAGACAAUAAUCCCCACGAUGAACGGGAGCCUGUGGCAGAACCAGGUGUCUGUCAGAACAAGCGGUGCACUGAGCAUGCUGAGCCCUGAGGAGAUCAAACUGCAGGAGGCCAUGUUUGAGCUGCUUACCUCAGAGGCUUCCUACUACAAGAGUGUGGAGCUGCUUGUGACCCACUUCAUGGAGAACAAAGAUCUGAAAAAGUGCCUCAGCCAAUCUGAUAUGCACUUUAUGUUCUCUAACAUUCUGGAUGUCAUGAAGGUCAGCGAAAGAUUUUUAUUAGAUCUGGAGCAGCGUUUUGAAGAGAAUUUUAUCAUAUCAGAUGUCUGUGACAUUGUCUACCACCACGCCUUCACAUACUUUCAUGAAUUUGUAAAUUAUGUAUCAAAUCAAACGUACCAAGACAGGGCCUACAGAAGAAUAUGUGAGGAAAACACAACUUUCAAGGAUGUGAUAGCUCAGCUUGAGAGAGACUCCAAAUGCAAAGGACUGCCUUUCACUUCCUUUCUCAUCCUUCCCUUUCAGAGGAUUAUCAAACUCAAGCUGCUUGUUCAGAACAUCCUGAAGAAUGUUGAGGAGGGCUCAGAAAGAGAGGCCAAUGCAGUCAAAGCACUAGCAGAGCUAGAAAAGAUUGUCAAGAACUGCAAUGAAGGUGUGAGAAAAAUGAAUCGAACGGAGGAGCUCAUUGCCAUUGAGAAAACCCUGGAGUUCAAGUUCAAGUCAGUGCCAAUAAUCUCACACUCCAGGUGGUUGGUGAAGCGAGGAGAAUUACUUCAAAUGAUGGGCCCAAAGAGCAACCGGACUCUUCACUCCAAGAAGCUCUUCCAGCCUCUCUACUUCUUCCUAUUCAAUAAUCUGCUGUUGGUGACGAAAAGAAGCUCCAGUGGUGACAAGUAUCAAGUUGUGGACACGGCGUCAAAGGCAAUGUUAAGAACCGAGGACAUGGAAACCGAAGGAAUAACUCUGAAAAACAUUUUUUGCCUGAGGCUACUGGAGAACCAGGAGGAGCGAGAAGUCACCUACAUGCUGAAGGCCUCUUGCCAGAGUCGAAAAAUCCGCUGGAUGAGUGCACUGAGCCCAAAUCCAAGGACCAAGUUCAUCUCCAGUAGCUCACUGACAAAUUCUCCGCAGGUCCAGUGUGUUCACCCGUACGUAGCUCAGGAAGAGGAUGAGCUUUCUCUGGAGCUGGCAGAUGUUCUCUGUCUUCUAGAGGAAACGGAAGAUGGUUGGAUGUUUGCCGAGCGCUUCCAUGACCGGGAGAGGGGCUGGUUUCCCGGGAAGGUGGUGGAAGUGAUCCAAAAUCAGCAACUUCGGGCUCAGAACCUCAGAGAGUGCCAGCGCCUGCAUCCGCCAAACCCAGGAAAAGUCAAAGUGUUGACCUCCAGGGGGCGCUUUACCAAGACAGCCCCCCACUGACACACACGGAGGCUUCAGUGAGAUUUAGGACGUUGCAGUAUUUAGGGCACAAAAAAAAAA